UUCGUUCUUUGUGCGAUCUGUAGUCUUUGGAGCGUGAACCGUUCCGUGUGUUUUGGAAAACCUUUCUAUCGAUACCAUCUCCCAGUUGAUAAACACUGCAGUCUGUAACGUUACAGCGUAACAACAUUCGAUCGCUAUCCGACUGUCUAGCAACUGCAACGCCAACCAAAGAAAAUGCUGCUGACUCUCGCAAUGUGUGCUGUUAUGUGGCGUGACGCAGGACCCUACCACGUGCAGUUUAUCAGGCAUUUAUCCGCGUGAAGAAAACAUUUUUUUCUCUCGCCCAUUGCAGCGGAGGAUGGACGCGGAGGGAAUGGGACGCGAUGCGGACUGGAUAGCGGCCGACGGCUCAGCACCCCCCGCGCUGGACGACGGCGAGCUGGGGGUGGUCCCGGGUGCGGAGACCGCCGACGGAUGCCGGGAAUUUAUCCCUGAGUUUCCUGGCGGGGAAGUACGAGGAGAUGGCGCAGAAAGUGUAUGAUAACGGCGUGAAGAGCCAUAAUGCAGAGCACUGUGCUGGGCAGAUGUGCGCUCGCGGGAUCUGUUGCUGAUGGGGAAAAUGGAUCUGGUGCUGGGCAUCACGGCCGGCUACCUGCUCUUCGUGUGGCUCGGGCCGCGGAUCAUGCGGCAGCGUCCGGCGUGUGAAUUGCGCCGGUUAAUGCUGGUCUACAACGUCGUCAUGGUCGUCUGGUCCGGCUGGAUGUUCGCUGAACUGUUAAUCAACAGUCAACUGGCCGGCUACAAUUAUUUCUGCACACCCUACUCGGUGUCCUUCGCCCCGACGGAACUGCGCAUUGUGCGAGCGCUAUGGGCGUAUUAUGUGUCGAAAGCGGUGGAAUUCCUGGACACAGUGUUUAUGGUGUUAAAGAAGAAGGAGAAACAGCUGACCUUUCUCCAUGUCUACCAUCAUGCCGUCAUGUUCCCGCUGUGGUAUUUUGUGAUGAUGGACGGACCCUGUUGUCAAGCGGUGUUCAGCGCGAUGUUGAACAGUUUUGUCCACGUGGUCAUGUACUCGUACUACGCGCUGGCGCUCUUCCCGGCGCUGCACCCGUAUCUCUGGUGGAAGCGCUAUCUCACGCAGCUCCAACUGGUGCAGUUUUUGUGCGUAAUCACGGCGACACUGACGGGUUUAUUAACCGGCUGCGAUUAUCCGUUCUGGCUGCACGUGGUCAACAUCGCCUUCCUAGUUUCCCUGGUCAUCCUUUUCUCGCGCUUCUACAUUUCCGCCUAUAUUCGCCGCUACCGCACACCGCCGGCAUCGCGGCCGGCAUCCGCCAAAAUUCCCCUAAAUAAACCCGAACCGCCUGUACUGCAUUUACGUCCUAAAGCCGAAUAAUUCAGCGCAGUAUUUUUUCCAUGAUUUUUUUAUUAUUUGUUUCUAAUUUCCGGUAUUUAUCCGCCACGUUCCUGCCGUUAUAUUUCCUAUUUUUUUUUCUGUGUGAUAAAAAGAAUCAAAUCUGUCCUGUAUUAGUUUCUACUGGGAUAUAUAAAAAAAAUAAUUCUGCAUUUUUUCCUUAUUUUUCUGCUGGUGAAUAAUCGAAAAAUAAUUCUAUUUUUGCGUGUUUUUCGACUGGAAAAAAUUCUGUUGUCUUCCUGAUUUUUGGUCUCUACAAAAAUGCCGUUUUUUUAUCCAUUUUGAUGACUUUUCGACGUUUGUAUUUUUGGUAGAUUUUUACAUUUGUACAACAAGUGCAACGCAGCGAAAUAAAAGCGAAACCUUCG